CCAGACCUCUGCGAACAGUCGUCACAACGAAGCUGAGAGAGAGAGGAGAGGACGAAGAUUUCACCUUCGAGACAGAAGCUGAAGUCGUCUAGGCUACUACUGGUUCUCAUAUGAGCUUCUUCGAUAAAUGUGAUCUGCAAGUGAGGAAAUAAUUUCUGCAGGAAGGUGUCGGAACAUCAUCGGACUUCCCUACUCGAAUAUUCUGUAAAGGAACAUUUUUAAGGCUUGAACCGCAAAAUACGUUUCGACAGAAAAUUUCAAAGCAAGCCCGCCAUCCCAGAUAGACGAUAAGGCAGACACAUUACCUUCAGCCCUCCGGGAUCGUAAAGAUGCGGCUGUGUGUAGUCCUGCUAGCCGCGGCGUUGGGCUGUUUGUCCCAACAGACCGCCGGCAAGCCCAUCGGCAUGGAAGACACCAUUGCAGAUGUUGUCAGCAGAAUUCUGGAAGGUUCUGACAAAGCAGAAAAAACAGAGGCCAUAACCUUAGUUCUCCAGCUGCUGACAGAGAUUGACCUCCCGUCCCUGUGCAAGUCCAUUGGAGACGACCCCACCGAAAUGACUUCUGUUGAUGACAUCGUCGCUCGAGCGGCCACCGCCAGACACACGGAGGCUACCACUGCCCCGGUCAUGGUUUCAGACACGGAUGUUGAUCUUGCAGAGCAGAAUAACACAAAUAUGAAUUGGAAAACAGAUUCUACAUCAACAUUAGAUGUGGCCGAAAAAGAAUUCACAUCGACAGAUGAAGCGCUUGAGGAAACAAAAGACGAUAUGACCGAGGCUGCCUCCAAAGAAGUGGAACUUAAUGCAGAAGUUGAAGUGUUUCAAGAAAUAAGCCUUACAGCGACUGUCCAAGCCCACAGAAACAGAAAUCUCAACAGUAGAACCACCUACAGAAACAAACAUCACGACAACAAAAGCACCAACAGAAGCCAAAAUCACAUCAGCAGAACUCCUUCAGGAAACAAACCUCACAGCAACAGAAGUAUUCACCGAAGUCGAAGUGACAACUGUAGAUCAACCUACCGAAGCAGAAACAACAACAACAAGUAGAAGUAGCCACAGAAGCCAAGGUGACAACAACAGAACAACCUACAGAAAAAGAAAUACCAACAAUAGAAGUAGCCACAGAAGCCAAAGUGACAACAGUUAAUCCACAUACAGAAAAAGAAAUAACAACAAUGGAAGCCAAAGGGACGACAGUAGAACAACCUACAGAAAAUGAAAUAACAACAAUAGAAGUAGCCACAGAAGCCAAAGUGACAACAGUAGAUACACCUACAGAAGAAGCAAUCACAACGACAACAGAAGUAGCCCCAGAAACUGAAAUAUCAACAAUAACAGAAUCGUUUACAGAAGGAAAUCUCGCGACCAAAGAAGCACACACAGACGUGUUGUUUGAAACAAAGGAGCAAACAGCCACAGAAGACAUUUUACCUACAGAGACACACAACCCAGCCACUAGCAUGCCCUCAGAGAGUUCUCUUUCCUACGAUGCUUGGAAUGUGGAUGACAGCACCGACUACAUUGCCAGAAUCAAGUCUCUUUACGAUGACUACCUCCAUGUGCCUGACUACACCAGCUCUCGUCUGCUGCCGCCGAACCCGGGUUAUGACUAUUUUGACCUCACCGAUAAUCUCAUCUACGACAUCGCUGCGGCAGCGGAAACAUCGAAGACAGAUGUCCUGCAUCGCCUCGAGCAAGCCCUUCACAACGGCAAUGAAGAGAUGCUGCAUUUCCCAGACAGCAUCCUGACUUUGAACUCCUUAGCUUCUCAGCUCAAGCCAGAAGACGACAUCGUUUACAUCGAAGAAAGCAAAUCUCUGAAACCUAAACCGGUUUUGUCGUCGGAAAAUUUUCAAAGGGAGGAAGGACUACCUCUUGAUUCCCAAAUGGUACUUCAGGAACCUCAAGCAGCUGACUUCCUCUGAACACUUGAUGACUCCUCUCUCACCCGAUGCACAGGUUUCGCAUGUCACCACAAACUUUGUUGAUGAUAUUGUCAGGUCUGACAUUAAAAUUGAUGUUUCUGAUGUCAUCACUGAAGCUCCGUUGACUUCGAAUCUUCCUCCCAGUCUUCAGUAGUCCUUCUCAAUAAAGUGAAGACAUUUUGGGUGACACUGAGGUGUCUUUUAUAACCAACCUCAUCGAGUCGUCUGCGGAGGGUAAAAAGGAAAUGGUUUACAUAGUUGAUUCAUCCACAAAACCUACCACUAACUUAUCUUCCUCAGGUCUGUCUACGCCUACCAAUGGUACAAAUAUUUCUCCUGAAGAAUUGUCCGGGUGCAUCAAACUUAGAAGAAAAUGCAACGAUAUAUGGGGAAAUAUUUGUGACAACUGUAAAACAACUGGAAACAAGAGAAGUUACACAAUCAGACAACCUUAACACCACAAACAGGUAUGCUGAUGCAGAACCGGAAAUACAGGUUAACGUCUCGAAGGAUGACGAAUUUCAAGAGAAGAUGCCAACAGUCGCUGAAGUUUUCCCCGUGGCUCGGGAUUAUCCCUGACUUCCAUAAUUCUACUAAAACGACUUUCUAGGAGAGAGCCAACCCUCCUCUUUAGCACCGUCACAUCUCGCUCCAAGCUUAAAUAAAACUGCUUCGAUCGAGAUAAAUAGUGAGAAUAAUUCAUUCGCCAGUUCCACUAGUUUUCCUCCAGAACUGAUCCUAACUGAAGACAGUAGCAUCCUGAACACCAGCGCUGGAGACACAGAAGAAAAGAUAUUUACGGUGACUACUUCAACAUUACUAUCAUCUACAACUGAGACAGAUAUUUCCAUUUAACUAUACACCAAGUGUUCUAACGACCCAAGAUUCUAAUACAACAUUGAAUACUGAAGGUACCAAUGGCACAGAUCAUAAUUUGGAAAAUGGCAGCAUUUCAUCAGAAAAAAUUCGUUUACGACUCAGCGUUUAGAACCAGUUUCCGCAGACUUUGAAGGAAAUGACACAAUAAUUGAAGCCGUUCUUUUGAAGGAGGAAUUCUCAACAGCCGAGAAGACGAGCACAACAGAGCAAACAACUUUCUCGACAUCCCAGACUUCUCCAAUGACAAAGGCAAGCUCUCAGACAUCGGCAGAGGGAAGCACAUGGACUUCGGAGACUCCAACACAAGAGAGCAAGAGAAAAUCGCCAAUGUUGUCUCUCUCCAGAACACUUGAACAACACCUUCGGUCACGUGAAUGGUGGCAACCUAAAGCGGAUGCCAGAAAAUUCCAUCUCCAGUGAUGUGUUUUCGCACUGGUCUGGGCAGGAAGUCGAUGACAAGUGGACUGUCAUAGGAAAGAAGCGAGACGGAAUACUAGAAAAUGAAGCUGCCAUCCCAGCAGCCAAUGACAGGGAUGAUGAGAACAGAUACGUCGAAUACAAGCUUGACUCUACCCCCUUCGAAGGCAAUAAGGUCUGGAGCAGUCUAACCGACGCUCGAACCUAUGAACCCAGGUGGGACAUCCGUCACAACGUCAAAGAAAGUGAUGUUUCGGGCACAGAGGAUAGGUCUCUCACCACACCUGAAGCCUCCACUACAGCGAAGUACAUCGUCGAUCCCUCCAACGCCAUACAAGACACGCAGAGGGUCAAAAGUGAAACUUUCCCUCCUGUCGUUCGUGACUACUCUCCUCGGACGUGGUCCCCUUUCAACCCUCAUUUCGCUAGCCCGAAUCUUGGGUCACUGUGGGGCCUUAACCCCAACUUUCAACACAAUACCCACCACUUCGCUCCUGAGAAAUUCAAUGACAUGGGCUCCUAUCCUGAAUUUCAAUUUGGGCGACCUUCGCCCUGGAAGCCAUCAGACAUUAGCUACCAUGUGAAGAACGCCAAGCCUAAGGUUAGCAGCGAGGUUUUGAAAACUCUGGGAAUAAAGCAGAAGACUAUCCUGUCAGAGGAGACAUUACCAAAAUUCUUGCACUUUAACGGCUACCUAUGUCCCGGCCUUUUCGGAUAUUUCGGAGACGUCAUGGACUGUCGCAGCUUCUUCAUCUGUAGCUGGGGUGUUCCUUACCGCUUCUACUGUCCAUCCGGAACCUUGUGGAACCCCGUGGAAUCCGUGUGUGACUGGUCAAGGAAUGUCAAAUGUAGCAAAAAAUAGAUGAGCUAAUGCAAAGAAUACUUGUCAAAAUCAUUGCUAAAAUGCGUUAUUUCCAACACAUUUUAAGAACUCGUUUUCAAAUAACUCGUGAUAUUGGUUUAUAAACGAUUCGAAUAAUGCAGAAACUGUGGACCAUUCAAUGAAACGACUGAGUUGACACGAAGCAUCUCUUGGAUGUCGAUGUUUUCUCUCGGUGUAGGAACCGUGUCUGUCAAUAAGCGAAAUUUGUUCACUCGUCGACGAUAGGCCGUAAGUCCUCAACACAAAAACGCAGCUUGAAGUGAGAACAGAUCAUGGAUGGCAGUCCACUGGCGCAUCUGGGUUUGUAAACUUUUAUCUUUCUGUCAAAAGAAGUACCCCGACGAUGACGUCCUCAUUCUUGAGAGAAAAUAAUAUCGCUGCGCCACGUUUAUGAUAACUGCUAUUUUUAGCUGUAUUGUUUAUGUGUAUUUUCAAUUCAUGUUUAAGACUAUAUUUAUAUUUUUGUUUUGGGUGCGUAUUAAACUGCAAGAGGCCACACCGAUUUGCAGAGCUAUGCAAUGUUUACCUGCAAUAAUGCAAUUCUCGAUAGCGUGAACAAAUAAUUUGCAUCAGUAUUUUUGUACUUAUUGUUUAUGUAUAUGUGUAUAAAGCUAGAAUCUUAUUAUAUUGUAGUAUUAUUUGGAGACUGGCUAUCUGUGGUAUCAUUUCUUUUAUUAUAAAGCUCUCGCUGUUUCAAAGCCUAAAUUAUAUAUCAUCACACAGACAAUACUUCAAUGGUUUAAUAGUGUUUGUUGGUUAGGUCAUCUAGCUGAUCAAGAACACACUGUGAAAACUAAAAUAUUCGAUCGCCAAGCCAUCGUUUGUUGGGUUCGAUGACAUCUCAUCGAAUGCAACUGGCACUUGAGCGCGCUAGUGUGAAAGAGCUACUUCUGGUGCAUCUGUCAUCGAAAUCUUUUAUCAUCGUUUGAAUUUAUGCAUUCUGAAGUAAAAAUAGUACUCAAACUGUUAUCGGUAAAAUAAUGAAUUUGGAGUUUCACCUAAAAAUCGUUAGUGUGUUCAGUUUAUUUACCAGUAGAAGCGACAUAUUUGCCUUUAUUUGUUUUUGCAAUUAAGCCUAUUGAAAACUGUAAAUUAUGUAACAAAGAUACUUUUAUAUUUUUAUACCUUUUGGAAGAGAAUGCGUGGUCGUAUGUAAAUAACACCGUUUGCAUGUUUCGUGAAAUAAAAGUAUUC